CCUCUCACCGUCCCAAAGUUUGCAAACCACUGGCCUAUGCAAAGGUGGCUAGAUAGAUACAUGUAGUAAUAGUGGACGGUUGGUCUGGGUAGUGUGAGUCUGACUAGAAUCUUAUCAUUUUUUUUCCAUUGGGCGGCAGUACGUCUAUCUUUAAACUUGAGAACUGCAUUGCCUACCGGUCCACAUAGUGACUGCGGUCUAGCGAGGGCGGGGGAAUGAAUCUGAUGUCUGGAAAUGCACCACUAAGUGCAAAUUAACUGCAAGGCAAAUACUAUUCAGACCUGUAUUUCUAGUUUCAUAUUUGGACUGUAUGCGCAUCUGUUUUCUCCAUCCACGGAAUUUUUCCCCCGGUGCGUGUGUUGGUGCACGAGGACUCUGCGCGGGCUCUUGGACUUGGAGGACGGAUCCAUCAAGCUCGGAUUGUGAGUGUUCGCAUAGCGGUACGCUGAAGGAAAACCUCAUCGGAUGUGGUAUUACAGAAUACUUGUGAAAUAUAGCCAACAUUAUAGAUAGCUCUCUGCCGCGCUGCAGUCUGUGAGGACCGCACGAGUUUUUUGGGUGGAGAAAUUGUGUGUUUCGCAGCGGAGAGGUUUGGGGGACUAUUUAUAACCAAGGAUCGGCAGUCUGGAAUGUUUGAUUUUCUCGUUCAUUAAAUGUCAACCCUUUUCUCCUAUUAUAGUAGAUUUUCCCACCGCCGCCGGUCUCAAUAUUAUUUUCAAGUGACCAUCUGCACCUUUUUUAUUCGGCACUGAAAAAAUCAGAUGAUAUGCAUAUGUUCUCUGGAUUAGACCUUCCCGUGGACAACUUGGCUUUUGCGUGAAUGGGAUAUCUGUGUAUUAGGCAUAUUGUUCAACGACCUUUGUAUAAGGAGACGAGGCGUGUUAUUAGCAUUAGCCUACACCGGCAUUGUGAUGGUGAGCUUUUAUGAUCUGAACUGACAGCGGAAUAGGAUCAUUUUGGAAACUGCUUGUGGGACACUUGGCCAGGUGAAAAAUGAAAGCUCCCAUCACACUCCAGAUUCUUCUCUAUGCUGCUGUGGUCCGAGGUUUCAAAACAGUGUCCAAGAGAGGCUCAGUGGACGACUGCACGGAUUGGUCAGUGGACUACUUGAAAUACAAAGUGCUUUUGGGGGAACCGGUGCGGAUUAAAUGUGCUUUAUUCUAUGGAUACAUCAGAGCGAACUACACCCACUCCCAGAGUGUGGGACUAAGCCUUAUGUGGUAUAAAAGUACAGGACACGGAGACUUUGAGGAGCCUAUCUCUUUCGACGGCAUCAGAAUGAACAAGGAGGAGGACGCUAUCUGGUUUAGACCCACCGAGCUCCAAGACGUUGGACACUAUUCCUGUGUAUUGAGGAAUUCCACAUAUUGUAUGAAAGUGUCCAUGUCACUGACAGUGGCGGAGAACGACACAGACCUCUGCUACAACUCCAAAAUGAGGUACUUCGAGAAGGCAGAGUUAAGCAAAAGUAAAGAUAUCACCUGUCCGGACAUUGAGGAUUAUGUACAGCCGGGGAAGGAGCCAGAGAUAGUAUGGUACAAGGAAUGCAAGCCAAAGCAGUGGAGACAAAGCAUUGUAAGGAGAAGAGAUACUCUCUCUAUCCGGGAGGUGCGUGAAGAUGACAUUGGAAAUUACACGUGUGAAUUACAGUUUGGCAGCUUCGUGGUGAGAAGAACUACAGAACUAUCUGUUACAGCCCCUCUGACAGACAAGCCUCCAAAGAUCCUGUUCCCUUCAGAAAGCAAACUCAGCAUCCUGGAGCUGCAGACAGGAAAUCAAGUCAACCUGACGUGCCGAGCGUUCUUCGGCUUCGCCGGGGAGGUCAGUCCGCUCAUCUACUGGAUGAAGGGAGAGAAGUUCAUCGAAGACCUGGAUGUGGAGAGGUUCAGAGAGAGUGACAUCAAGCUUAUCCGGGAGCACCUGGGAGAGCAGGAGGUGUCUAUCACCCUGACCAUUGACUCGGUGGAAGAGGCUGAUCUGGGGAACUACUCCUGCUUCGUGGAGAAUGGCAACGGCAGAAGGCAGGCCAACAUCCAGCUCACAAAGAGAGCAGAGCUUAUGUACACAGUGGAGCUGGCGGGAGGCUUGGGGGCCAUCUUGUUGUUGUUGAUCUGCCUCGUGACCCUCUACAAGUGCUACAAGAUGGAGCUCAUGCUCUUCUACAGGAACCAUUUUGGCAGCGAGGACAUCGAUGGAGGUGAGAUACUCUCAACUCACACUAGGACCAAACAACACCCAUUAUAAACCCUGAAUGAAGUCUACAGUGCACUCUUAGAAAAAAGGGUUCUUAAAGGGUUCUUCAGCUGUCCCCAUAGGAAAACCCUUUUUGGUUCCAUGUAGAACCCUUUUUGAUUCCAGGUAGAACCCUUUUAGGAUCUAUGUAGCACCUUUUUUUCUAAGAGCGUAGGUCUAGAUGACAAACAACUUGUUUCGAUGUCACCAAAAGGGACUAGGGUAAUACUCAGGACAUUUAGACCUUCUAUCUGUCUUGCUUCAUGUGGCUUCACAUAAUAUUUUGUUCUGGACAUUGCUCGAAAGAGGAUUUCAUUUCAUUAUAAAAGUAGGAAAAUGUGUUUUUCUACAAAUCCUAUCUUGAGAUAGAAAUAAGAACUUAAGGGUUCUAAAUUGAACCGCAAUAAAUUCUAAUUGUGUGGCUGAAUAGUGAAUGAGUUAAGGAGGAGUAUUCAUCCAUCUGGUCUGCCGGUUUCAUUUGAUUUCCCUUAAUGAGUCUUUCAAGUGGAGGGCUAGGGCUACAAUGAAUUCAGUGAACAAGAUUACUUUUGGGGUGUCUGAAGGACGCUGUGUGGAGACUGGAGAGUGUCAUUAAUGAUACUGUUGGGGUGUCUGAAGGACGCUGUGUAGAGACUGGAGAGUGACAUUAAUGAUACUGUUGGUGUGUCUGAAGGAGAGUGACAUUAAUGAUACUGUUGGGGUGUCUGAAGGAGAGUGACAUUAAUGAUACUGUUGGGGUGUCUGAAGGAGAGUGACAUUAAUGAUACUGUU